ACAAGAAGUUUCGGAGUGAAAAGCUACAAAAGAGGUGGUGUGUUAUCCAUGGCGGUAAUUUCUAUUACUUCAACAAGUGCACUGACAUAAGACAGAAGGGAUGCUUCAGCCUGAAAGGUUAUUCCUUCCGUAAGCUGGGUAAUUUGUCAUUUGCCAUUGUUUGUGAAGGAAAGCGCCCUUAUGAGUUUGUAGCGCCUUCCAAAGAUGAAGCGGAGAAAUUUAGAAAGGCCAUCACAGGCGGCAAAUCUCCAAGAAAAACGUUGAGAAAAUCCGACAGUUACCCUGGGGUCGAGCCGGCACCUCCUGUUUCUCCUACACGAGAUCGUUCCAUCAGUAUCCCUACUGAUAAAAAAUCCGAGCAAAUGCCAUAUAAAUCGAAGACCCGAUCACAUACACCUGAUCCUUUCCAAAGGAGCCCGAACACACAUUCGCAAUACAGAUCAAACACACUCGGAAGUUCUGAUUAUGGUAAGACAAGGACAGGUUCACCUAACACCCAGCUCCAGAAAACGCAGUCUUCGCCAUACUGCGACAGGUCAACUGUUCACAAACAAUGUCCGGAACUACCUACUAGAAAUAAACUCGAUGUAGAUGAAUACGGCUAUGCAAACGUCGGGGUAAGAAAGAAAGGCCUCCUCCCAGUAGUUGUAGUGGAAAAUAAUGAAAACCUGAUGAAUCAACAACAGUUCAGCAGCAGUGACGAUAGUGAUUCGGAUUAUGAUACUGUUCCCGAAUCUGUUCCCCCAUUUCCAGCACCACGACAUAAACAAGUUGAAAAACUGCUUUCAAUAUCUGCACAAGAAAACAAGAGAAGUAUGGCCCUAGAUAGGCAGAAAAUGCCAUUCCCGGGUUUGACGUCACAGAGCCACGAAAGCAGUGACGAUGAUCAGGAUUAUGACUCUCCCAAAGACUUGCCACUACGUCCUGAGUCGGAUUAUGAUUUGGUGGGAAAGUUUCUUCGCAAACCAAAGGAAAGUUUUGAUAUAGGAAGUACGGGAGAUGAUGACUGUUAUAUAGAUGCUUCAAAACUGGACUCAGUACCAAAUACAAACAGACAACAGAGAUCAAAUCAGCCUCCCAGAGCCCCAUCGAAGCUAGGCAUUCAACAACUUGAGGAUGAUAUCUACUUUGAGCCUACAUCUGAGUUUGGUCAUGUUGAACAAAUAUCGCGUUCACAAAUACAAAAUAUUUUGUGCACUGACGAUGAAAAUCCUUAUUUCAUACCAAGCGAGGAGUCUGGGCAUUCGAAAAAUGACGAACCUUCUUAUUUUAAACCGAAUUUAGAUUGUGAUAAGUCAAGGUUUGAUGAAGAAAACCCUUACUUUGAACCUAUAUCCGACUAUGACAUGCCUGAAGUCGCAGUGGCGGGGUCAUUUCAAACCCCGAAAUCAAAAUCACCAUUAGGCAGAACCAAAUCUCAGGAAAAUGAUGGGUACAUAAAAGUACCUGGUAAUACCAAAAUGACGUCAAGCCGAAAUAGUGACGGUUAUUCCAAACCGGAGGAGAUGGUAUGGUUGAAGCGCAAACCUGCAACCGCAGCAGCAACCAACAAAAAGAGCGAUCUCUUCACAGAUGACUCGGUAAUAUAUGUAAACCUUCCUUUUGCAAUCAAUAAAAGCUCACAGAUGAAACAGAUGGAGCAACAGAUGGAGCUAUCGAGCACAAUUAACUCCAAAAAUACCAUGAAAUUACAAAAUAGCAUGGAGGAUAGCAGUUAUUCCGAUUCUGAUGAUGAAGAUUACAUCACGAUCUAAAUGUGACUGAUGCAGAAUACUACAAAUCACUUUUGCGUGAAAACAUCCCAAAUACCAAGGCAUCGGAACAUAAUGUAAACUGCUGUGUAAAUAACUUUACUAGGAUAAAUGUGAUAUUAACACAGGUUUAGACAAUUAACCGGGAGUACUGUGAUUUCAAGACAAAGUGUAAAAUUCAUUAGAAGUAACUAUCAUUAUUGUUAAUAACUUUCUAAUAACAUAAUAUAUGCAAUUUAAUAUAUUUUAUUAUAAUAAAAUUUCUAAAACCCGACUGAAAGGGUAUAUGCAAGUCCCGAAGUGGCUUCCCGUGUAUAUAAAAAAUAAUUGGGAGUGUUAACACAAGGUAAAAACAAAGUGCUGUGCGGACUUUGAUGAUCAAAGAUGGAGACAAUUUAUCGGGAGUGUUGUGAUGUUAACACAAGGUGGAUACUAUUUACCGGGAGUGCUGUGAUGUCAACAUAAGGUUGAAGACAAUUAACUCGGAGUGCUUUGAUGUUAACAUAAGGUUGAGGACAAUUUA